CUCCAGCUGCUCCAACUUGUAAUCCUCAUAUUUUCUGUAUCCUGCAUAUCCCCCACCUGUAGCUACCAGGACAUGGAAGGGGCGCAGGCGGAAGACUUGUCCCACUGGAGCAGUGUGAAGCUUCUUCCUGUCUGUAACACACACACAGACUUCAGGAAAGAGAACAGCUGCACAGUAAAGAGAAAGCAAUUCUGUGCAGUGAGGGGUGUGAGCUCAGGUGAUGAAAAUGUGAUCAGAAAAUACCUCUGUGACACAGAAGGCCUGUUAAACUGAUGAAGACAGAAUUUCUCAGUUUUUUCAAGGUGAACAGCUGAUAGGAGCUGCACUACACAAAGCAGCUUGGGGCACGAGUACAAGGCUCCUCGCACAUGCCGAGGACGGGGCCGAGGCAGCAGAGACAGCGGCGUUCACCGCGAAGCUUUGGUCAGCACUGUGGAAUUCCUGGUAUGAGAAGGCAGAGAGUCAGGGUAGAGAGAAGAUCCUUGCUGAGCUGCUGUGACCAUGAAGGCAGUGAUUUUAAUCGUCCUAAUCAUCUUCUCUUCGCUCUCUUCAGGGAAGAAAUUCCGCUGGUGCACCCUGUCUGACCUGGAGCAGAGGAAGUGUGCCGAGCUGUCCAAGGCGCUCACGGCCGUGCUGCCCCUCGCCACUGCCACUUCCUUUGCCAGGAUUUCUUGCAUCAGAGCCCACAAUACCUAUGACUGCAUUGAUAAAAUCAGGGCAAAUAAAGCAGAUGCUGCUUCCUUGGAUGCUGGAGAUGUUUACUCUGCUGUAAAACUUUAUGGUUUGGCAGUGGUGGCAAAGGAGAUCUAUGAUCAAGGAAAUUGUGUGUUUGCUGUGGCCGUUGCCAAACGAGGAGCUCUGGAUAUCCAGAGGCUGCGAGGUGUGCGCAGCUGCCACAAUGGAGCCAGGUGGACAUCGGGCUGGAAUAUUCCAUUUGGCUUCCUCCUUGCAAGAAAUGACCUUUCCUGGGAUGAGGCACAACCUCUGAGCCAAGCAAUCAGUGGGUAUUUCAAUGCAAGCUGCAUCCCUGGGGUUGGUGUUGCUGCUCCUCGACUGUGUGCUCUCUGCCAAGGACAAAAAUCCUAUGUCAGAGACAAGAACCACUUCUGUGAGACAAGCAGCAAUGAACCCUUCUAUGACUCUGAGGGAGCCUUCAGGUGCUUGAAGGAGGGAGUGGCAGAUGUUGCCUUUUUAGACCAUCUAAGAAUUCUGAGUGCCACAGAGUCAGAAGAACAGGAAUAUGAACUGCUGUGUGCUGAUGGGAGCACAGCUGAGCUGAGCCAGUACAGCACCUGUAACCUGGGCAAGGGGCCUGGCCGGGGCAUCGUCACCCGCAACAACUUCCACAAGAUCACCAACAAAUUCCUCAGCAUGAUCCAACGCCUCUUUGGGCGAAAAGGGAAGGAAAGAGCCAGAUUUGAACUCUUCACUUCGUCUCCCUUUGGGGGAAAGAACCUGCUGUUCCGAGAUGCCACUCAGCACCUGCAGCUUCUCGAGGAGCAGCUGGAGAUUGCCUAUGUCCUUGGUCUGGAUUAUGUAGCUCUCCUUAAGGGACUGGGCCACGAAGGGAGCUCUCUGGAGAACAGUGUCGUGCGCUGGUGCUGCAUCAGCGAUGCUGAGCUUCACAAAUGUGAGGAGUGGGCACUGAGCAUCAAAUCCGACCCCUUGGUCUGUGUCCAAGCAACUUCCAUGACCAAAUGCAUUGAAAUGAUCAAGAGCAGCGAGGCGGACGCGGUGACCCUGGACGCCACACACGUCUACAUCGCAGGGAGGUGUGGGCUGGUGCCUGUAGCUGCAGAGUGUUAUGGGGGAGAUUGUGCCCAAGCUGCUGAGAUCAUGGAGAAAACAGGAAAACUAAUUCAUGUGAAGCACAAAGCACUGCCACCUGUUUAUGCUGUUGCCUUAGCUAAGAAAACUGCCAAACAGAUUAACAUCCAUAACCUCAAAGGAAGGAGGUCCUGCCACAGUCACCUGUACAGUCCUGCAGGAUGGUUACUGCUGUCCAGACACACAGUGGGAGCUCUGGGGAAUGAUACCCAGAACUGUGACAUUGGCUCUGCUUAUCAGAAUUACUUCUGGAAGGGCUGCAUGCCGGGAGCAGAUGGCAACAUGUGCAAGGUGUGCAUCGGGGACAGUGAGGUGGAAGGGGCCCGAGUCUCCAGCAGAUGUGCUGCAGGUCACAAUGAACAAUACUAUGGCAACAUGGGAGCACUCAGGUGCCUAGUUGGCAAUCCCAGUGGAAGAAGCUUUGGAGAUGUAGCUUUCCUGGAACACUCUAAUCUGCUCCAGAACAUAGAAGAUCUGGACAGCUCUGGUUGGGCAAAAGGUUACACUGCCCUUGACUUUGAGCUGCUGUGCCCGGACGGGACCCGCGCCGCAGUCACGGAGUGGCCGGGGUGUCACCUGGGCCCCAUCCCCCCCAGCACUGUCAUGACUCGCCCAGUCACUGUCACUAAGAUCUAUGACUUCCUGAUGCAAUCCCAGGAAUCUCUGGGAAGCAAACUGGAUUCUGAAUUCCAGCUCUUUCAGUCGUGGAGGUUCGGUGGAAGUGAUCUGCUUUUCAAAGAUGCUACUCAGUACCUCGUUCCUGCAAGUCACCUGAGCUAUCAGGAAAUCCUUGGAGAUUCUUUCAUCCAGCUGGCAGAAUCAGUGUUUAAUUGCACACCUGCAGGCAUCCUGGACUUCUGCAAACAGGAUAUCUGUGCAUCCUCAUCCAACUGACAGUGAUACAGAGGCUGUCCAAGGCACAUCACCACAUCACCAUCAUUAUUGAAAACCAGG